AUGAUGGAUCCCGCUGCAGAGAUUCCCCAAGGCCAAGACUGGCCGCGUGUGGACGACAGGAGGCUGCAGCGUUCCAUGCCGCCGGCACUCCCCGUGUCCAAGGUGCUCGACGAUGACAACCUGCUAAUCGAGAUCCUCGUCCGUCUCCCUCCCAAGCCGUCCUCCCUACCCCGCGCGUCUGCCGUCUCCAAGCGCUGGGGCAGCAUCCUCUCCGACCCUGUGUUCCACAAACGCUUCCGCAAGCACCACCAGAAGCCCCCUCUUCUCGGCUUCUUCAACGGGUGUGCUAACUGCUUCACUCCCAUCAUGGGCUCGCCCAACCGCAUCCCUGCUGCCCGUUUCUCCCUGCCCAAGAGCGCCAUACCCUACAAUGACUACGGGGUCUUCAGGGGCUGUCGCCACGGCCUCGCUGUCCUAAUCGAUGGCCGGGUGCCUGAGACUGUCGUGUGGGAUCCCCUCACUAGCGAACAACACAUCGUGGCUUUUCCACAAGGGCUCGACGAUGCCUUACCGGGGCAUUUGUGUACCUGGCAUGGCGCGGUGUUGUGUGCUGAUGCCGAUGAUGGGCAUGUCCAUGGAGAUUGCUUCUCGAGCCCAUUUAAAUUGGUUUUGGUCUGCUGUGGUGGACACAAUACACAUGCAUUUUGUUCUGUCCAUGACUCAGCCUCUCGUGUUUGGGGAGAUGUUUUCUCGACCGUGAUAACAAAUAGAAGUUCUGUGUUAAUAAGGCCCAACAUCCUAGUCGGGAAUGCACUUUGCUGGUUGAUUUCUCAAGGUGGUAUCUUUGUUUUAGAUUUCAAAACUCAGAGCCUUGAUGUGAUCGAGAAGCCAGUAGAUUGCCGUGGUCCCGAUGGGUAUUUUCAGCUCUUACGAAUGGAGGAUGGUGGACUUGGCCUCGCUGUUUUGUUGAACCUGACCAUCCAAUUAUGGGAGAGGAAAUCCAAUUGCAAUGGUAUUGUCGAAUGGGUGUUGUUGCGGAAAACCAUUCCACUAGAGGGGAUGUUUCCAAGGAAAUUGGAUUUUGCAUUUUUCAUUGGGUAUGAUGAGGACACAAAUGUGAUUGUUCUCUCUACGAUUAUUGGCCAAUUCAUGCUCCAACUUGAUUUAAUGCAGAGCAAACAUAUUGUGAUAACUAAUAACAGCAUAUCUUAUGGCACCUUUUACCCCUACUCGAAUUUCUAUACUGCAGGUAAUACCUCCCUGUCUACAUUGCACACGCAAAAGUAG